UCCGAACGCAAUCUCGCACGCGUUGAAGUUUUGACACUUUGACAAGUUUGACAUGUUUUGAUAUUCUUCGCUAAUUGUCAUCGAUAAAUAUCGAAAAAAACCUUCACCGAGGAUGCUGUGCGAGAGGGAUUACGCGCCUCUGAGCGCGGCGUGCGUCCGUUCCCUCAAUGACAAGUUGUACGAGAAGCGGAAGCCAGCAGCCGUAGAGAUAGAGAAAAUGGUGAAGGAGUUCGCCGCUCACAACAACACCGUGCAGAUCAAGAGGUUGCUGAAGGUGCUCGGCCAGGACUUCGCCACCUCGCAGAACUCUCAUACGCGUAAGGGCGGCCUGAUCGGUCUCGCGGCGAUCGCGGUCGGCCUCGGGAAGGACACGGGUCAGUACAUAGAGGACCUGGUCCACCCGAUCCUGGCCUGCUUCUCCGACGCCGACCUAAGGGUCAGGUACUACGCCUGUGAGAGUCUUUACAACGUGGUCAAAGUGGCGAGAGGUGCAGUGUUGCCCCAGUUCACUGACAUCUUCGCCGCUCUCAGCAAAUUAGCCUGCGACUCCGAGCAGAGCAUCAAAAACGCCACCGAGCUACUCGAUAGACUGAUGAAGGAUAUCGUGACGGAGAGUGGCCUCUUCGAUCUGGUCGGAUUUAUGCCUCUGCUACGAGAGCGCAUCUAUACGAAGAAUCCAUUUGGUAGGCAAUUUGUGAUAUCGUGGAUAUCUGUGCUGGAUGCGGUGCCUAAUAUGGACUUCAUCAUCUUUCUGCCGGAGAUACUCGACGGAUUGUUCAAAAUAUUGGAGGAUCCGACGCCGGAGAUCAAGAAAGUCACGGAUACGGUUCUCGGUGAAUUCUUACGUAGUAUAAAAGCCAAUCCCUCGCGAAUGGAUUUUCCAGCCAUGAUAAAUAUACUGAUUACGCACGCUCAGAGUAACGAUGAGCUGCUUCAAUUGACCGCCAUCACGUGGAUAAAGGAGUUCGUACAUUUGUCCGGUCCUCUCAUGCUCCCGUACAUAUCCGGGAUCCUCGUCGCGGUUUUGCCGUGCUUGGCCUACGAUGGCGAUACGCGGAAGAGUACUAAAGAAACAGCGAUGCAAGUAAAUGCGAAUUUAAUGAAAUUGAUAAUUAUGGAAAAUACAGAGAUUAGUAAGAAGGAGAAAGAUAAUGUAUAUUCUACAAAAGAGAAAAAUGAGAUGCAAAAUUCUUUGGCUGAAAGCUUAGAUCUUCCCAGUGUUGUAGAAGUACUUACAAAGCAUUUAUUGUACCUGUCAGUUCAAACCAAGGUCGCGGUUUUAAAAUGGAUACAUCAUCUGUUUAUAAAUAUUCCACAUCAAAUGUUUAAUCAUAUCGAGGGCUUGUUUCCUAUAUUAAUGAAAUCUCUGAGCGACACUUCGGACGAGGUGGUGCAACAAACUCUAGUGGUAAUGGCCGAGAUUAUCAGUUCGAAGUCUCCGGAGGCGGUGACGGAUCCCGCAAAAGUGCAAAACAAGUAUUUCACCAAAUUUAUAGUCAAUCUAUUGAGGCUCUUCUCGACCGACAGACAUUUAUUAGAAGAACGGGGUGCUUUUAUUAUAAGAGAGCUGUGCGUUCUUUUGAGUGCAGAAGAUAUAUACAAGACACUGGCGAAGAUUCUAUUGGAAGAACAAAAUUUAAGCUUUGCCUGUACGAUGAUACAAACUUUGAAUGUUAUCCUGUUAACCAGUUCCGAAUUAUUCGACUUGCGCAACAAACUUAAGCAUUUAGAUUCUCCAGAUAGCUGCGCGUUGUUCGAAUGUCUGUAUGUGUCCUGGUGUCACAAUCCAGUGGCGACGGUGGCCCUGUGUCUUCUAUCUCAGCACUACCGACAUGCUUGCAAUAUCAUUCGAUCUUUCGAAAAUAUAGAAGUUACGGUGGAGUUCCUGACAGAAAUAGACAAAUUAGUGCAGCUAAUAGAAUCACCGAUAUUCACUUAUCUGAGGUUGCAGCUAUUGGAAUGGGAGAAGAAUGACGCUCUGAUAUACGCUUUGUACGGUUUGCUGAUGAUUCUACCGCAAAGCGAAGCUUACGCUACUUUACAACGUCGUUUAGCAGCGAUACCCCCAGCUACGAGGCCGAUAACUAAUAAAAGUGAAAAGUCGCAGGAGAAAACGGAUGCUUAUUGCCCGUUUGACUUCAGUGAACUAUUGAAACAUUUCCAUACAGUUCAAGAGCAGCACAAGGAGCAAAAGCGCAAACAAAGACUGAACUCUUUAGUCGAGAGGAAUACUAGUCACGUAGAAAUGUGAAUAUUCGUACAUACACAGCGUAUAAAAGGUACACUUAAAAUAACUAAAUUGAAAAUUGAUAAUAAA